GCAUCAGAUGAGGGGAAAUAGUAUUCUAGCUUCUAAUACAUGUAACAAGAUAAAUUUUGUGGGAUUAAUGAUGGCCAAAUUCCUGCUCUUCCUCUUCUUCUUGGUCAGAGCAUGCUCUGCAGGUCCUGAAGACCUCUCUGGGAAAGUUUUUGUUUUUCCAAAGCAGACGAAUACUGCCUCAGUGAAGAUUACACCAGCAGCCCAGAGCUUCCCUGCCAUAUCUGUGUGCUUGAGGUUCAUUUCAGAUGUCAGCAGACAUUACGCUUUAUUCUCAGUGGCUACACCUUCCAAUCAGAACGCUUUUCUGUUGUGGCGACAGGCACCAGGUCUUCCCAAAAUUUUGCUUAACGAUAAAGGUGACCCUUUCACAAAGUUGUUGAUGGAGGAGGGUGCAUGGAAUUCAAUAUGCGCAACGUGGGACUCUGUGACUGGACUGGGCCAGGUGUGGCUCAAUGGGAAACCCAGCCCCAGAAAGCACGUGCACCCUGGGGCUGCAGUGGAGGGACAGCCCAUAAUAAUCCUGGGUCAAGAUCAGGACUCCCACGGUGGGAAUUUUGAUGCAGAACAAUCCUUUGUCGGUGAACUUACUGAUGUGCACAUGUGGAAUUAUGUCCUGCCUUCUGACGAAAUUCAGAAUUUUAUGACUGGCCAGAAUUUCAAAUCAGGGAAUGCUGUCAGCUGGAGGUCCCUGGAGUACAGUUUGCAUGGGGAGGUGGUCAAAGCAGAUGAGCAGACAUCCUGUAAAAAGUAAUUUCAUAAGCAUUCCAAGAACACUCAUGCUAUCUGGUUAUUCAAAAGCCUUUUCCUGCUUUCUUCAUU